AUGCUUUAUUUGAUAGUAUUUCUCUUUCAUUCUACUCGUAUGGAUUAUACAGAAAAAUAUCAAUCAAUUGAGAUAAUAGUUAAUGAAACAACAAGAAUUGAUUCAUUUCAAAAGCCUAAUGUAAUCAUAAUUGAACGAGCACGAAGUCGUAAUCAAGAAGAAGUUCUAUUAAAAAGACCAUUACUUCUUUAUUUAUAUUUUGAAUCAACUGAAAUAUAUUCACUCGAAUAUCUAAAGAUUAUCAAUAAUAAACUAUUCUCAAUUUCAUUUUCACAGUUGCAAACAGAUAAUAAUUGUAAAAAAAUUUAA